CUCUACUAAUUUAUUAGAGGUGAGGGCGGGACGGGAAAAUCACGGAUCAUCGGAGCGGUCGCGGCGCUGUUCGCGAGGAAGGGGAUCCCGCACCGCCUACUGGUUAUAGCGACCUCGGGAACGGCGGCAGCCAAUAUUAAUAGGGUCACUAUCUAUUCCGCGUGCGGGUUCUCGAAAGAUACGACUCGGUCGGUGGGUCGGAGUACGGACCUAGAGAGAUUCGCGCCUAGGAGUUUAACUAAUCUCCGCGUCGAUAGACGAAGCCGGGCCGUAUAGUAGGAAAAGCUCCUGCUCAUUAUCGACGAGGUUAGUAUACUGGGUGAGCGGACGCUGUAUAUGGUAAACGAACAGCUGUACCGACUUCGAGGGUAUGCGGACGACUUUGGCGGGAUCCCGAUUAUCGUGUUCUGCGGGGAUUUCCGCCACCAAGUUAUUGCGUGGACCGACGAUACAGCUUUCCGAAACAAGUUUACUACGGUCGUGAUACUCGACGAACAAGUCCGUGCCGCCGGAGAUCCACGACUCCAGCAACUCCUCAGGCGGAUCCGGCACGGCGUACAAGAUCAGUCCGAUAUGGAUUUUCUGAACGACACGUGCUACCAGGAAGGUCGACGUAUCCCAUGGGAGUCCGGCAUCACGGUUAUCACGCCGCUGAAUCGGAACCGCUGGAAUCUGAACGUCGAAGCCACGCUGUCCUUCCAACGCCAAAGGCAAAGCAAAGAUGGCCAGCCUACGGAGGAGGAGGCCCUAAUGCUGUUAAGUCAGGGGGACGACAGCGCCAUCCCCGUCCCCGCCAUCUUUAUAUUCGUCCAGGGGAUGCCCAUCACCGUAAAUCAAAACACCCACCAAGGCCUGAAGCUGGUCAAUGGCGCCCGCUAUACGGCGUUAGACGUCAUCCUCGACCUGAAAUUCCCCGGGCAUCGCGUUAACGCCGAUACCAUGCUCCACUUCGGGCCUCCGGCCGGGAUCGUGCUGGCGUCCGAGACGACGAGAGACUACGAUUUCGUGGGCAUGCCAGCCGGCACCAUCCUCCUAGUACCCCGGCCGUGGCAGAUGCACGACGUCAGCCGGCGAGGAUUACCGUGCGCAGCGGCGAUCAUGCUUCUAUCUCGAGCGCGAGAAAGGGACAUUAUCGGUAAUCGAGUGCCCGAGACCAUAGUCGCCGCCGAGAAUAGGCUAGAACGGCUGAGCGAGGGGAUGAUUCAAGACGCGGAACGUUGGGACUGGUCAACAGAAGAGGGAUGGACGGUACAUUAAGGGGAAGUAAACGCGGCCUAGAUAUACAAAGUAGAUUGGCUAGCAGAGCGCAAAUAGAGCGAGAGACAUUGAAAACCGACCCUUUGUAACAUUGAUCGCUUAAUGAUGGGGAGACUUCGCCUCUUUUUUUUCCCUCGCAUCCCUCCUCUUUUUCUCGAGUCUUUAUGAUCGGAGUCAGUCUUGACAAUCAGAGUCAAGUCUCAACGAUCGGAUUGAGUCCCGACGAUCGGACUCAGUCAGGCGCGGGGUCAGAAUCAGGCGGUGUCAGCGAACGGCGAGUGAACGAUGCCGAGCGUGUAG